GUGCGAGUACGCCGAAGCCGGCGCAUGCGACUGGUACCCCAUGCCAUCUGCGCAUGUGUCACCAUGUAAAACCCCCCUACAAAUCGGGACACGGAGCAACGGGGACAGCACUUCAAAGAAAAUUAAAACAAACAAAAAUUUACAAAAAAAUCGGGAGAAUUGGUGUUUUUGUUGUUGUUGUUGUUGAAAUCGAAUCUCAAUGAGUGGACCGAGAUCAGCCAAGAGAAGAUGUGGGGAGCUCAACUCAGACGUUACCUCAAAUUGUGGACAUCCCAUCAAAAAACCAUGUGUACUAUGCAAGUUCAUAGAGUUACCGUCUCCCCCACUGUCCCGCCACCAGUUAAAAAGAUUAGAAGAGCAUCGCUAUAAUAGUUGUGGGAAAUCCCUCCUAGAGCCAUUAAUGCAAGGAUUUUGGGAAUGGUUGGUUGUCAGAGUUCCAACAUGGAUUGCACCAAAUCUCAUUACAAUAGUUGGACUUUUAAUCAACAUCCUUACCACAGUAGUCUUAGUUUAUUACUGUCCGACGGCCACAGAAACGGCCCCUGUGUGGACUUAUAUCUGUUGUGCCAUCGGCCUGUUUAUAUACCAGUCAUUGGAUGCCAUUGACGGGAAGCAAGCAAGAAGAACCAACAGCAGCACUCCUUUGGGGGAGCUUUUUGAUCACGGCUGUGACUCUCUGUCUACAGUGUUUGUGGUUUUGGGGACCUGUAUCGCAGUACAGCUCGGGACAAACCCAGACUGGAUGUUCUUCUGUUGCUUUGCGGGCAUGUUCAUGUUCUACUGCGCUCACUGGCAAACAUAUGUGUCUGGAACGCUGCGCUUUGGGAUAAUUGAUGUCACAGAAGUGCAGAUCUUCAUAAUAGUUAUGCAUUUGUUGGCUGUGAUUGGUGGACCUGCUUUGUGGGAAUCAAUGAUACCAAUACUUAAUGUUCCAUUGAAGCUCGCUCCGGCCUUUUGUACUGUUGCAGGCACGAUAUUUUCAUGUACAAAUUAUUUUCAAGUUAUAUUUACUGGUGGUGUUGGGAAGAAUGGAUCCACUAUUGCAGGAACCAGUGUCCUGUCCCCAAUGUUACAUAUUGGAUCGGUCAUUGUUCUUGCUACAAUGAUCUACAAAAAAUCUGCUGUUCAACUCUUUGAGAAGCACCCUUGCCUCUACAUUCUUGCAUUUGGCUUUGUUUCUGCAAAAGUUACAAAUAAAUUAGUGGUUGCUCAUAUGACCAAGAGUGAGAUGCAUUUGCAUGAUACUGCUUUUAUUGGACCUGCACUUUUGUUUCUAGAUCAGUAUUUCAACAGCUUCAUUGAUGAGUACAUUGUGUUAUGGAUCGCACUCGUACUUUCCUUGGUCGACCUGAUCCGUUACAGUGUGAGCGUCUGCAAUCAAAUAGCUUCUCACCUUCAUAUUGAAGUCUUCAGAAUAAAGACAAAUACAACAAGUUUUAACCAUCACUAACAGACCUAAAAUAAGUCAUAAGAAUGAUAAUGAAAUGCAUGAUUCCUGCAAAAAGGAGAAAAACCUAAAGGAAUUCAGAUAAACUCAGUGUCUUUGCAGUUUGGUCUUGAAUUACACUCCCAAGUUUACUUUACUUUAUAUGAGUAAUAUGUAUGUUUGUUUCUAUAAAUUACUGACAAUAUACUAAAAUAUUGCAUACUGUGUUAUCAAUGUUGCAGUAAAUGAACACACCAAAAUGAACUAACAGAGGCAUGCAAAGAAUAAAAGAUUUUGCAAUUAACCAAAACAAAACCUCCAAAUCAAAAUUUCACUAUAGCUGUUUUAAUAUUAUUUUUUUUUAUUUAGUAUACUCCAAACAGUUAUUUUUGAUUUUUAAUAUAGCAUUUUUUUAAAAUUGUCUCUGAAAGGAGUGACUCAUGAACAUGUGAAGUCUCCUGUGUGUAUUCAGUAAAGGAAAAAGCAAAAGCAGUUCCUAAUUUGAAAACUAUGAAUUUGGUAAAUGGGAAACCCAAAAUGUUUUAAAGCAUAAGAUACCAUGGAAGCAGUUUUAUAUGGAUCUAAGUAUGACAAAGGCACGGCAAAAGUAAGAUUGUUUUAUAUUAUAAAGUAUUUCUCCCUGCUGUUAAUAUAUUAUUUACUGUUUAUAUUUUGUAUUAAUUCUGAGGAAUAUGUGCCUAUAAUAAACAGUGAAGUACCACG